AUGGCUACGGAACUCGAAAGCUCCUUAAUCUUUGCCCUUUUGUCCAAAUGCAGCGUUCUAAGCCAAACUAAUCUCGUUUUCUCACUCAUCGCCGUUGCAAGCGUCUGGCUCGCUAUCUCCCUCUUCUUCUGGUCCUAUCCCGGUGGACCUGCAUGGGGCAAAUUUUUCUUCCGUCGGUUAACAAACAAAACCGGAACGGUUAUUCCCGGUCCAAGAGGCUUCCCUUUCGUGGGAAGCAUGUCUCUCAUGUCCAGCACUCUAGCUCACCACCGAAUCGCACAUGUAGCAGAGAAACUCGGAGCCAAGCGGCUUAUGGCUUUCAGCUUAGGCGAGACACGCGUGAUCGUCACGUGCAACCCCGAAGUCGCUAAAGAGAUCCUCAAUAGCCCGGUUUUCGCUGACCGGCCGGUUAAAGAAUCAGCUUACUCUCUGAUGUUUAACCGGGCGAUUGGUUUCGCACCACACGGUGUUUACUGGCGAACUCUUCGCCGGAUCGCUUCGAACCAUCUCUUCAGCCCGAAACAAAUCAGACGAGCCGAGACGCAGAGGCGAGUGAUCGCGAGCCAGAUGGUUCGAUUUCUCGAAAAACAGAGUACCAACGGACUCUGUUUUGUUCGCGAACUGCUUAAAACGGCGUCGCUUAACAACAUGAUGAGCUCUGUUUUUGGAGAAGAGUGCGAGCUUGAUAAAGACCAUGGUGAGCUACGUGAAUUGGUCGAAGAAGGGUAUGAUUUGCUCGGAACGUUGAAUUGGACCGAUCACCUUCCUUGGUUAUCGGAAUUUGAUCCUCAGAGAAUCCGGUCUAGAUGUUCGACACUCGUACCGAAAGUAAACCGGUUUGUAUCCCGGGUUAUAUCCGAGCAUCGUAAUCAAACCAGUGAUUCGCCUAGAGAUUUCGUCGACGUUUUGCUCUCCCUCCAUGGUUCGGAUAAUUUAUCCGACCCGGACAUCAUCGCCGUUCUCUGGGAGAUGAUAUUCAGAGGAACAGACACAGUGGCGGUUUUAAUCGAAUGGAUCCUCGCGAGGAUGGUCCUCCAUCCAGAUAUCCAAUCAAUGGUACAGAACGAGCUUGAUUUGGUAGUCGGAAAAUCAAGAGCCGUUGAUGAGUCUGAUUUGGCUUCACUUCAUUAUCUGACGGCUAUGAUUAAAGAAGUCUUGAGGCUUCACCCUCCAGGCCCGCUUCUGUCAUGGGCCCGUUUGGCCAUAACGGACACGAUCGUUGAUGGUCGUCUCGUUCCCGCGGGGACCACAGCAAUGGUGAACAUGUGGGCCAUAGCGCAUGAUCCACACGUGUGGGCUGAUCCUUUGGAGUUUAAACCCGAGAGAUUCGUGGCGAAAGAAGGUGAGAUGGAGUUUUCGGUUCUCGGGUCGGACUUGAGGCUGGCGCCUUUCGGGUCGGGUCGUCGAAUCUGCCCCGGGAAGAAUCUGGGUUUGAUAACCGUUACGUACUGGACCGCGACGCUGUUACACGAGUUUGAAUGGGGACCGUCGGAUGGAAACGGCGUCGACUUAUCUGAGAAACUAAGGCUUUCCUGUGAGAUGGCCAAUCCUCUUUCUGCUAAAGUGCGCCGCAGGCGUAAUUAAAAAGCGUAUAAGAAAAUUAAGGAUUUUAAUUAACGGUGACAAUGUAUUAAGCCAGCUUUUUGUUUUAUUAGAACUAACAUUCUGAUACGUGAGGUGUUUUUUUUUUUGUGUUGUGGUUUGUGUGUCUUGAAAGGUGUGUGUUGUUUCUACUCUUGUAAAU